AUGUUCAUGAACAGAUUAUGCAACAGCAAAUUGUGGAGAUCCAAUGGUUGGAAAAGGAAUGGUAUUUUUCAAAAUGAAGUAUUUGCUAUGUUUAAAAGCAGUAAAAAUAUACUAGCCAAAAAUACUUAUGGAAAUAUUAAUGAAAAGCAAGAGAAAAACAAUAAAGGAACAAAAAAUUUAAAUACUAAUGAAAGUAAUAUGGAAGACAAAUUGCAAAAAAUGCAAUUACUAUAUUCUAAGAAUAAAUGUGAGGGAAAUUUUUCUAAAAAAAUGAACACAUUUUAUAUCGAUAAUAAUUUUUUUUUUCUCAUUGGAUGCUUUUUUUCAUUAUAUAGUGUAUUUGUAUAUGACUUUUUUGCAAAUAGGUGUGUGCAAAUAUUUUCUAAUUUCUUUUUUUUAAUUUUCCAUUUUACAAAAAACACAGUAAAUCUCUUGGCUUCUAUAUUACAUAUGCUGUUUAUUUGUUUUCAAGUGUACGUUUUAACUAUUAAAUCUAAUAUAAGUUUAAAGUCCUCAGGGGAAGGGUAA